AUGGUCAGUGAAAACGGUGGGGGAAAACGGGUUAUGGAAACACAUAUAACGGGUAGUAAAGUGAGAGUCCAGUUAAAUGAAAUGACGGGAUGUAUGCAUACACAAAUAGACAUCUCAGACAUGGAUGGCAUCCGAAUGCAGUCCUUUUUCAUCCACACCAUACUAUGUGUGGUAUGUCUUCACGCCGUUGUCUCACCGGUCGGAUGUGAUAAAUACCGGAUCGGUGUGGGAAUCGGUGAUAUCACUGGUCCGGCCGCUGAUAUUAAUAUGAUGGGUUACGCAAAGCCGGGUCAGGACACACACGGCAUUCAUCUAAGACUCUUUAGUAGAGCCGCUAUUAUUGAGGACCUCUCGGGAAACAGAGUGGUCUUUGUCUCCGCAGAUAUCGCUAUGAUAUCACAGCUCAUCAAAUUGGAGGUGAUCAAAAUUCUGGAGCAGAAUUACAAAGGGGUGUACACUAUAAACAACGUGAUGUUGGCCUCAACGCACACCCAUUCAGGUCCGGCCGGUUUUCUGCAAUAUAUUUUGUACAUAAUAUCGUCGCAGGGAUUCAUUGAGCAAAACUUUAAGGCCAUCAGAGAUGGUAUCGUCCGAAGUAUAGACAGAGCCCACCAUAAUAUGACCGAAGGAAAUAUCUAUUUAAAAACGGGACAAUUACUCGACGCCAGUAUUAAUAGGAGUCCAACCGCUUAUGCAAACAAUACCAAAGAGGAAAGGGAUAAAUACGAGUACAACACCGACAAGAAUAUGACUGUUCUUAAACUGGCCGACAAUAACGGCCGACCUGUGGGUGCGAUCUCUUGGUUUGCAGUUCACGCGACUUCUAUGAACAACACUAAUAAACUUAUUAGCGGUGAUAACAAGGGUUACGCCUCACAGCUCUUUGAACAGGAUAUCAAUGGCGGGACACUUCACGGGAAGGGACCAUUCGUGGCAUUAUUCCCGCAAUCAAAUGAGGGCGACGUCUCGCCUAACACUAAAGGCCCGUUUUGUUUGGACACUGGAUUGCCGUGCGAUACGAACACCAGUACUUGCGGCGGACGGAAUGAAAAUUGUGUUGCCUUUGGUCCGGGAAAUGAUAUGUUUGAAAGCACUAAAAUUAUUGGUUUCCGCCAAUACUCCAAAGCCAAAGAGCUUUUUAAGAGCGCCGACACUGAACUAUCGGGAAAUAUCCAAUACAUUCAUCAAACUAUCAAUAUGUCAGACGUGACCAUUCAGUUGCCCAACAACGCGACCGCUAAGACUUGCGCGGCGGCAAUGGGUUACAGCUUCGCGGCCGGCACUACAGAUGGACCAGGGGCUUUUGAUUUUCGUCAAGGUGACACGAGUUCGUCUCCCUUCUGGAAUUUGGUGCGAAACCUAAUUAGGACUCCUUCUCAGCAAUUGAUUGACUGCCAAAACCCAAAGCCUAUUCUCUUCGCCACCGGAGAAAUGCAUUUCCCGUAUUUGUGGGAACCGUCUGUUUUGCCGACACAGAUAUUCAGAAUCGGAGGACUACUUAUUAUAGCGGUUCCCGCGGAGUUGACCACAAUGUCUGGCCGUAGACUUCGGGACGCCGUGAAAGUGGCGUUUGAUAAAGAGUCGGCCAACAGUGAUGUGGAUGUUGUGAUCGCAGGUCUGGCCAACGCUUAUUCCUCAUAUGUGGCGACAUUUGAAGAAUACCAAAUCCAGCGAUACGAAGGCGCCUCCACUUUGUUUGGUCCGCACACUCUUAACGCAUAUAUUCAACAAUACAGUCAAUUGGCCACUAAUUUAGCCAAAGGUGUGUCAGUAUCCGCCGGACCCACAGAACCAAAUCUAUUACAGUCGCAAAUAUGCCUAAAACCGGGCGUUAUUUACGACGGCUCUCCUUUUGGUAAGAGGUUCGGCGACGUUGUGACCGAUGCCAACGACCGGUACAGUCCGGGCGCGACCGUCAAAGUGACUUUCGUGGCCGCAAAUCCACGAAACGAUUUGAAAUCUGAGAGCACUUUCCUGGCCGUCGAGAAAUUGAUUGCAAACACUUCUAACUGGAGUCUUAUCGCAACCGAUGCCAACUGGGAGACCAGAUUUUAUUGGCGCCGAACCAACACUUUCUUCGGCGAGAGUGAAGUGGAUAUUGUUUGGGAUAUUCCUCGAGAUAUAGAGGCGGGAAAGUAUCGCAUCAGACAUUACGGCAACAGUAAGAAUCUGAUGCAAACCAUUAAAGCAUACAUUGGGACGUCGAGAACUUUCGACAUAAUUCAUCAAAAUAUCUAGUCUUUUGUUUUUUACAAUAUUCUGUAAUAGAAUUUAUUUGUGUUUAAUUUAUAAAUUUAUACAUUAAUUGAUUAUUUAAUUUAAAAAUAAAUAUUAAUAAUAAAAAGUUCAUAUUUAAUAUAAACUACAAUAUA